AUGCUUUUAAACAAGAAAACAACCACAGCCGCCUACCUCACCGCACUCGCCUACGCGGCACCCGGAUUCCUCGAUGUGGGUUCCGAAGCGGCACACCACGAACACAAGCAGCAGAAGCGUGGAGGUACGUGUGCGUUCCCCAACUACGAGAACAUGGUCGCUGUGCAAAGUUCCGGUUCAAACGCCGGUUGGGCGAUGCACUCUGACCAAGCGUGCCAGCCGGGUACUUGGUGCCCCUACGCUUGCCAACCGGGCCAACUGAUGGGCCAGUGGGACACAAGCAUCACCAGUUACUCGUACCCUGGGUCCCAGUACGGUGGGUUGUACUGUGACUCGAACGGGCAGCUGACCACCCCGGACCCAUCGAAGCCAUACUGUUACGACGGGAAGGGCACCGUGAGCGCUGUGAACACCUGUUCGGGCGGUAACGUCGCCUUCUGCCAGACCGUGCUCCCAGGGAACGAAGAGAUGCUGAUCCCCACGCUGGUUGGCUCAGAGAGCGUGUUGGCGGUCCCCGGGACUGACUACUGGGCUGGCACGGCGUCACACUUCUACAUCAACCCGCCGGGCGUGUCCGUAGCGGACGGGUGUAAGUGGGGGGAUAACACCCAACCAAGGGGUAACUGGUCCCCCUACGUUGCCGGUGCCAAUAUGGACGGCAACGGGGACACCUUUGUGAAGAUUGGUUGGAACCCAGUGUACUUGGAGCAAGCGACUCCCUUCCGUAACGAGAAACCGAACUUCGGUGUCCGGAUCACGUGUGACGACCCAUCGCAGUGUGUUGGUCUGCCCUGUUCGAUUGACCCAUCCGUGAACGGUGUGAACGGCGUGACGUCGAGCGAAAGCAGCGACGGUGCCGGUGGUGGUGGGUUCUGUGUCGUGACUGCGAAGAACGGUGCCAAGGCCAAGAUCGAGGUCUUUGACGUCGGCUCUACACAGAAGCGGGACAUUAUUGUUGGGGACAACAGCACGGUCGAGGAGAAUCUACUGGGCAACAAUGUGAGCGUCCCCGUCAACGGGACGAGACUACAGCAAUUUAACGUGACUUCUUUGUUUUAG